AUGACUUCCCUUGCGCCCAAUUUGAUUGAGCGUAUCACCGAGAAGAAACCCGCGGCCAACACCGACGAUGUGGAGAAAACAGCCAAUUCUUCUGUGAAUGAGGUUUCUUCUGUCGAUCAAAAAAAUGAUUCAGACGCAGACUCGGCCAACUUUCAAGGUGGUGUUAAGCGUGUCAGAGCCAUCACAACAGUAUGGUCUAAGCAAACCCUAUGGACCAUGUUUGCAUUGCUCUAUCUUGUGUCGUUUGUCGAUCUUCUCUUGACUUCAGUUCAAGGUGCUCUCAAUCCUUACAUUACUUCAUCGUUCUCGAGACAUGGUCUUCUCGCUAGCGUCAGCGUCGUAUCAACUAUUCUUGGAGGCUCUUCCCGCCUUACCCUUGCCAAAAUCAUCGAUAUCUGGGGUCGUAUUGAAGGCUUCAUCUGUAUGGUUGCGAUCGUCAUCAUUGGUAUGAUCAUGAAGGCGACUUGCAAAAAUAUGGAGGCGUACGUCGCUGGAAAUACUCUAUAUUGGGUUGGCCACCUUGGAAUGAUGUAUGUCAUCGACAUCAUGCUUGCCGAUAUGACAACUCUCAAGAAUCGAAUGAUCAUGUUCACCAUCAACGGAACCCCAACAAUUUGCAGUACUUUCGCUGGCCCACGGAUUGCCUCUUUGUUCUACAACAACGUGAACUUCCGAUGGGCCUUUGGAGCCUUUGCUAUUAUUACCUUCGGAGUUUGCAUCCCUGUGGUGACUAUCAUGCUCUACAUGCAACGCAAGGCCUACAGAACGGGAGCUCUGGAGAAGCCUGUUUCGAAUCGAACAUGGUGGCAGUCAGUCCGCCAUUAUUUCAUCGAAUUUGACGUGGUUGGCAUAAUUCUCGUCACUGCCGCCUUCUCCUUGAUCUUGCUUCCCUUCAGCAUCGCCACAUACGCUCCCAACGGAUGGGCCAGUGGCUACAUCAUUGCCAUGGAAGUAUUGGGUGUUCUCUGCAUCCCAGCAUUCUACUUCUGGGAAAAGUAUGCCCCCGUGCAGUUCCUUCCAUGGGAGUACUUGAAAGAACGCACCAUCAUUGGUUCUUGCCUUCUCUAUGGUGUUAUGUUCAUCUCCAUCUUCAUCUGGAACGCAUAUUUCGGCUCAUACCUUCAAGUUGUCCACAGACUCGACAUUACGACUGCCGGCUACGUUCUCAACUCCUUUUCUUUGACAUCAUCAAUCAUCAGCCCAUUUGUCGGCCUAAUCAUUAGCUGGACUGGUGACUUCAAGUGGACUGCUUACGCUGGAAUUCCCUGUGUGCUCCUAGGGACAGCUCUCUUGAUUCCCUUCCGACAGCCAGAUACCCAUGUCGGAAUUCUCGUCAUGACCCAAAUCCUCAACGGCCUUGGAACAGGUAUCUUUGCCACUUGCGCUCAACUUGGUGUCAUGGCGCCAGUCACCCAUCAAGAGGUUGCCGUCGUGAUUGCAAUCUGGGGCCUGUUCGGCUCGAUCGGUGCCGCCAUUGGCUUUGCUAUUGCGGGCGCCAUGUGGAAUAACAUCCUACCUCCACAGCUCCUCAGCAGACUACCAGAAGAGAGCAAAAGUCUGAGCUCAGCCAUCUUUGGCGAUAUGGUCCUGCAAAUGUCAUAUCCCGAUGGCUCACCAGAGCGUGAGGCCAUUGUUGGUGCUUAUGCGGAUGUUCAACGAAAGAUGGUCAUUGCUGGAGCUUGCUUUGUACCCCUAUGUCUGGCUUCGAUCUACAUCUGGAAGAACAUCAACGUCAAGAAGUUGGAAAAGGACAAGGGAGCCCAGACGACAGGAACCGUCCUAUAAUCUGGUGGAUUUACGGUAUUAGUGUUCAAGGCCCACCAACUUAGCCCAAAGACAAGGGUCAUUUUCACUCAUGAGUCAC